AUGAGAUUAUCUCCACCUCCGGAGACGCUAGGAUGGAGUGCCCUCGCCCACAGUACCUAUGGAACUUUGGCUUCUUUUGAUUACAUCAGUAGUACUACGCGAGGACUUCCGAAUGCUUCUGCGAAUGCUCCCGUCAGUGCUUCCACCAAUGCUUCCACGAGUGCUUCCGCGAGUGCUUCUGCGAGUGCUUCCGCGAGUGCUCUCGCGAUUACUCCCAGAGCACUCAUCAAUGCUUACAGAACUGAUGCAUUCGUCAUACCCACUCAAGGUGAGGCCACCCUCACUUUGUCUUCUUUGGAUUCAUACGCCGUUCUCGAAGGAUAG